CUGUCUCUGUCAGUCAAUGUCAAAAUUGAAAAUACUAGUAAAGUUAGGUUAUGUUAGUAUAUAGUUGCUUGGUUACUUUCAUUAUGUCGUCUGAAAAAGUUUAAAAGUGAUAACCGUCUUGCGAAAUAAAUUACAAGUUAUUACUUUAAUAAAUAAUUAGCCUGUCUUCUCUGCCAGUUAUCCGACAAGGCAAUGGGUGACAACAGUAUUGAAGAACAACUGGGGACAGAUGUGGUGCAAGAGGUCCUGAAAUCUGGUACGGACCUAAGGCAGUAUUCCAAACAAGUGGAGCAAGAACUCAAGGAAGUGGAAAGUAAAUCGAUCCAAGACUACAUUAAAGAGAGCCAGAACAUCGUCAGCUUACAUAACCAAAUUGCAGCUUGUGAUUUUAUUCUUGAGAGGAUGGAGAGCAUGCUCUUGGGUUUCCAGUCUGACUUAGGCAGUAUCAGCAGUGAAAUCUUGUCACUGCAGCGUAAGUCUGUGUCUAUGUCACAGCAGCUCCAUAACCGUCAGGCCGUGCGAGCGCAGUUGAGCCAGUUCAUUGGUGAUAUCGCCGUUCCACCUGCACUUAUCUCAGGAAUUCUAGAGUGUGCCGUCACGGAUAAGGAGUUUCUUGCUCAUUUAACAGACCUCAAUCACAAGAUCAGUUUUGUCAAAGAGCAGAGCUAUAAAGAUGUGAAAGCUUGCCAGGACGUGAAAGAGGUCGUAGAGCAGUUGAAAAUCAGUGCUGUCACCAAGAUAAGGGCGUACAUGCUGGAACAGAUCUCCAAGUUCCGCAAACCAAUGACAAAUUAUCAAGUGCCGCAGAAUGCUAUGCUGAAAUACAAGUUUUAUUUUGAGUUCACUCUUGCUAACGAGAGAGAAGCAGCAGAAGAAAUCUGCCGUGAAUAUGUCGACACAAUGGGCAAGAUAUACUUUUCGUAUUUUAAAUCUUAUUCUUCUAGACUCAUGAAGCUUCAGUUUGAGGAGCAAGCCACCAAAGAUGAUUUGAUGGGAAUUGAGGAUACGGGACACAAGGGCCUGUUCCACAAGUCCUCACUGAAGCAGAAGAACACAGUGUUCACGAUCGGCAACCGAGGAGAGGUGCUUACAUCACUGUUGGAGGCAGAUAUCAUCAUCCCUCACUCUGCCCAGAAGGGGGAGAAAAGGCACCCCUACGAGGCACUGUUCCGCAGCGAGCAGUACGCCCUAGUGGACAACGCGUGCAGGGAGUACUUGUUCAUCUGCGACUUCUUCAUGGUCCGAGGAAACCAGGCUCUGGAGCUGUUCAACCGUAUCAUGAGCGAGACACUCAAUCUGUUGCUGAAAAACCUGAAGACAUUUGUGUCAUCUUGCUAUGACUCUAUUGCACUGUUCCUGUGCAUGCAUCUGGUGUUGCGCUAUCAGCUGUUGUGUCACAAGCGUGCUGUCCCUGCCCUGGAUCAAUACUGGGAUACUAUGCAGGCAAUCAUAUGGCACAGGUUUGAAUAUGUUUUCCGCCUCAACAUCCAAAGUGUGAAGGACUGUGAUCCAACCAAAUUCAGCAAGGAAACUAAACCCCAUUAUAUUACGCGGAGGUAUGCAGAGUUCAGCGCGGCCGUAGUGGGGAUCAGUGAAAGUUUCCCAGACGAGAGGGUGACACGACUGCUUGCGCAGCUGCUGGACGAGGUGGAAUGUUUCGUUCUGCGAAUGGCGGCAAUCUUUCCACAACGUAAGGAGCAGCUCAUCUUCCUCAUCAACAACUACGACAUGGUCUUGUCCAUCCUUAUUGAGAGGACGCGAGAUAGCUCGAAGGAGAUGGACAGCUUCCGAGAACAGCUGAACAGCCGGAGUACAGAGUACGUCGAGGAAAUUCUCAGUCCGUACUUUGGAGGAGUUAUGCAGUUUGUGAAGGAGGGAGAAUCUCUCGUGGAAAAGGGUCAGGGUGACCAGUUAAAGAAACAAGAAAGUAAAUCACUGGCACUAGUCCAGUCAUUCUCCAGCACCUGGAAGAAGUCACUGGAGACACUCCAGGAGGAAGUACUGAAAUCGUUCCCCAGUCUGGUGACCGGCUCUACGCUGCUGCAGCUAGCGUUGACUCAGCUGGUCCAGUACUACAACCGGUUCAGCAAGCUGCUCACGCCCAACGCCAAGGCACAGCUCACCAACAUCCACCACAUCAUGGUGGAGAUCAAGAAGUACAAGACCAACUUCUAGCAUCCAGCAUCUGCCGCGGUGUAGCACGCUGGUGUACAGUGACUGUGAUUGUAAAGUGGAAGAUGAAAUUGUACAUUCCUGUAACGUCACUCGGUACCUAUUACAUCAUGAGGUGUACAAAAUUAAUGAACACGGCUCACGUUCUAUAAAAUAUUUGAUACUGCGAAUAUAUUUUACUGGUAUUUAUAGACAGAUCAAUAAAAUAUGAAUUCAUACGCAAAGAAGGAAUGUUCUGUUAAAUAAGUUUAAAUUAAAAGGGCUAUAAGACAAGGAUUUUAUUGGUAACUACCUUCUAGGGUUCACUGAUUUAAAAGAACACAAAGACACAUGAAGGUACACAUAUUUCGAAAUUUUCAAAUGGACUGCAAUCUUUCUCAACACCUAGAGAGUAUUUUAGUUGUUUGUCCACUUUGGGUUGCAGUGACACUGUGGGAAGCAGUGUUGCCAAUUCACUUUUUCUAGACACUGUUAUCACUUUAUAACUGUUGAUAAUGUAUAGGUACUAUGUUAUAUAACUAUGGAAACUGGGGAAAGCUACCAACAAGUGACUAACCCAAAGUGUAGUACAGACACUAGAAUCCUCUCUAUUGGUUGAAAAAGAUAACAGUUCGCUCAAAAAUUUCUAAAUAUGUGUACUUUCAUGUGUUCUUUCAAAUCAGAGGAUCCUAAAAAAAAAUAGAAUAGGCAGAGAAAAAUAUUGAGCCUUCACAAUUUUGUGAGCCUUCAUGUUCAAUAUAGCGGAGUAAAUUUUAUUGAUCAUGUCUACACCCUCGUCUGAAAUGAGAAUGACAAAAAAAUUAAGUGAAAACAAUGCAAGAUGGUGUUUAUAUUUGUAAUAUUGAUUUUUAACUCACAUUAGUGAUUGGUUGUUGUGCUUUUUAACACUGUCAUGUUGACCGACUUUGUAAAUUUAGUAUAGAUAUUGUUAUACGUUCAUGAGUUCAUUAGAUUUUAUUUAUAAAUAUUGUUAUGUUAAUGUGUUUCCUCCGUUGUUGAUUGUCUGCAAACUAAAGUCAUCUUAAACUAAUUAAAUAUAUAAAAACACCUGA